CAUACCAGGAAACCUGCUGUACAAAGUGAUCAACAUGUCAUCUGAGGAGGAGACGUCUCAGACUUCCUCUUCCUCCUGCUCUCCUCCUCCUUCCUCUCCUCCACCUGCCUCCCACUUCAUCGGCAAGAAGGAGGACAUUGUCAAGGCUGGGCGUGUGACCAAGACUGUUAAUGGUUGCAGAGAUGUACUCGUCCUGUACCACCAGGGGCAGCUUCAUGCUAUGGAUGUGCGCUGCUACCAUUCAGGUGGUGCAUUACAGUAUGGAGACAUUGAGGAGUUUAACGGGCAGCUGUGUAUCGUGUGUCCGUGGCACAAGUACAAGAUCACACUAGCAGAAGGGGAAGGGCUCUACCAGGCUGUGGACGAUCCCACAGCCAAACCCCUGAGGACACACUGGCGCUCCAAGGGCGUCAAACAGAGGAUUCACAAGGUCACUGAGGUCAACGGGAACGUAUAUGUAACACUGAACGACUCCAGCGAGCCCAUCGAGUCAGAUGUCUACCAGACUGAGAAAUAUAGGACUGGCUUACUGAAGACUCAGCCAAAACCCAAGAAAUAAUUCGACACUAGGAGGAUUAUUCAACCAAAAACACUUGGCUUCAAGGACAAUGAAAAGCAUAUCAAAACCCUCAGAAUCUGUUUAUCACUAUUAUAAUUGUUAUUUCAAAAACUGUUAAUAUGUGUAUGAGCUAUUAAGAUUUAUAUGAGUCAAUCUAAGACAGAGAGGGAACUAUCUGACAAUAAAUAUCAUUAAAAUAUAAAUAAAUAAUUGGAGUUAGAUGAUUAUAUGGGACAUUCAAACAGCAGCUGCAGGAUUUUUAAUCACUUUCAUGUGAAUUUCUCUGUUUCAGUUAAACAUUCAGAGAAAUUUUGAUUUUUCUUCUGUCUACUUUCACUGCUCAGGACUGUGCUCAUGCUCUACUGGACGCAGCUUGUUUCAGCUAAAUCAGAAAACAGGGCAUUACUGGAGACAUUGGUCCAGUCAGUAGGUUUGAUGCAAA